AUGAACAGCCAGGGCUGCUCUGCAUACAGCGACAUGACAUCCAUGGAUUCGUACUACAGCUCCACGGCAGCGCCAGGCAGGGAGCACCCGCUGGACCACUUCAGGACCUUCAGCAGCGGCCCCGACACCAAAUACUCGCCCGGCUCCUUCCUCUCCAGCAAAGGUCAGGGUCACCCGGAGAAGCCCAGGAGCCCUUUCCAGCAGGAGCGCCAGCCAUUGGAUGCCGGCGCAGUUGCACAAGGGGCUUUCAGCAAGUACCACCUCUUCAGGUCUCCGUGCAAAACCCCUCCAGAAGAAGAGGGCGCGCAGCAGGAGGCCUCCGCCGCGCUCAUCUCCUGCUUCGAUAAAGACAAUUCAGAAUUGACAGACUCCAACUUGACCUCCAUCUCAGACCACGGCGGGAUGGACCCCACCUACCUGAGUGUGAAAGACCAGGUUGUCAAGGCGACUUCCGAGCGACCGCUGGGCACCGAUCUGGCCAACUCUCUCGACAAGUCGGACGGCGCCGACAGCAACAAGGGAAAGAAGAGACGCAACCGCACUACCUUCACAAGCUAUCAGUUGGAGGAGCUGGAGAAGGUCUUCCAGAAGACGCACUACCCAGAUGUUUACGCCCGAGAGCAGCUGGCACUGAGGACCGACCUGACCGAGGCGCGGGUGCAGGUCUGGUUCCAAAACCGAAGAGCGAAAUGGAGGAAGCGAGAGCGUUUCGGCCAGAUGCAGCAGGUCCGAACGCACUUCACCACCGCGUACGAGCUUCCGCUCCUCACGCGCCCAGAGAACUACGCACAGAUCCAGAACCCGUCCUGGAUCGGCGGCAGCAGCGCGGCAUCACCAGUGCCAGGCUGCGUCGUGUCCUGCGACACCGUGACUCCGUGCAUGACCCCUCACCCGCAUUCAGCCAGCGGGGUGACCGACUUCCUGGGUGUGCCCAGCCCAGGGGGUCACGUGGGUCCCACGCACAUGAGUGGCCUUUUCGGGGGAUCCCCCGGCAUGGCCACCGGCAUCAAUACGUACGAUCUCAACAUGGACCCCGACCGCAAGACUUCCAGUAUAGCUGCUUUGCGCAUGAAGGCCAAAGAGCACAGUGCUGCCAUCUCCUGGGCCACAUGAUCUGCUGGAACAUGUUGGAGGAGGGACAAUGUUGGAUCCCCCACAGAUGAACACGGCGUGGUGACGGGGCACUGGACUCUGACAGGAAACGCCCUCAGAAAACAGCUGACAUAAAUAUGCAACUGAAGAUUUGAGUUUUUCCAGAGGAAGCGCUGAACUGAAAUUAUUUUAAAUGAAUUCUCUAAUUGUUCAAAUACAGGAAAACGGUUUGAGUGUUGCUUUUUGUUGAGGAUUUUUUCGUUUUGUUAUUUAAAAUUUGAGUUGCUUAAGCUGAACUGCAAACAAGAUUCAAUCCCUCUCAAAAAAACCGAGGAUGUCUUCACGUGUUAAAAGACAAAUACGGCGUAUUUAAGUGCAGAGAGGGCGACACCUGUGGCACCGACUCUGCCAGCUGACGACCAGGAAGCGAUGUUUAGGAACCAGAGGGACGCAGCGGGCCUGCUGCUCCGAGGGCUGGGGAGCCUGGGAGCGCCGGCCUCCGUCCAAACAGACCCAGCUCUGUCUUCAACAAGACCAACUCAAAGAGGACACAACUUCACCCCCUUGCAUUUCCACCCUCGGGAGCAUUAGCGAGCGAAGUGCCUAGUAGUCACUCAAAGUUGCCAGAAAUAACAGGAGAAGCAGCAGCAGCCACCUUUGAACGGAGCGGAGCGCUGGAGUUUGUGUCAACACAGAAAGGACGUCUACAAGUUUCAUCUUUGAAACUCUGCGUUGGGCCGUGUCUGCUGAGCAAGGAAACAUGAAGCAGUGCUGGGUUCAGUGUUUUUGCUCUUUCAACACAUUUCUGUCUCGGUAGAAAAUGGAGGACGUGCUUCCAAAACGCUAAAAGGAUGGAAGCCAUUAUUGACACCACGACGACGUUUUGAUCGCCGCAACACAAACCAUGCCACGCAGAUUACUUCCAAGUUUGAGUCACUUUCUUUUGAAGAAUUUCCAGAUCUAGAGCAACAAACAUGUUACAGUUUUUACGGUUUGAUUCCCUGAUGUAUUAAGCCAUCACCUUGAGUAUUGAUCAAGUCAUCGAUCACCAAUAUUUCAGCCAUUUUAAAACCAGCUAGUUGGGUAUUUUUAUGAAAAGCACUGACGUCGGGUAAUCUAACUGGCAUUUAAGGGGUUAAAACCACAACCCACAAACUGUCCAGAACUAUUAACCAUGAGAAUUAUUUAAGAUUGACUGUCGGAAGAGAGACAAAUUGUGCCAUAUACACCGAGACUGGUGAACCAGGCGUGACAAAAGACAGGGCUCGUCUUAUACUGAGGCAUAUCGGUUUCACUUCAGUCAGUCAUUCAAAAAAAGGACGAUUUUGACAGAGACACUGUUGUGUGAAGUUCAGUGGCUUCAUCAAAGUAUGUUUGGAAUGUCUUUUAAGGAGAAAUACUUUCAUUUAAAAGAACCACAUUACAUCGAUGUCGCACCAUCUGUGCACAAGCAGCAUCGUAUUAAAACCCUUCUACUACGUUUGGCAUUAAACACCAUGAAGCAGAUCUGCCCUCAGAAUUGGAGGAUUCUUCAUAUACUUUGGUUAUGAAGAGAAUUAUUUAAAACACUUGCUAAAGCCACCAAACCCAUGUAAGAACUACCUAUAUAUGUAUGUGCUGCAGAGUAUCAGCCACCCUUUUAGUCACAUCAAGACAAUCCUGAAGUGAGAGACCCUCACACUCAAGCACAACUUCCUGUUGAGUACGACGCUUGCGGAUUUGAAAAUCUGUUCACACACAAAUAGUACAAAAAAGGCAACAGUCUUACAUGAGUCUACUGUUUCUUCUUGAAUACCCUGGUGAGUCCACCACAACUACAGCGACAGAAAUAUCAGGCGGAGCUUAAUCCAUGAGAGAUCUAUUUUUUCGGAAGGGCUUGAAACUAAAAGCAGAACAAAGGGCAUCGCGGUUUCCGCGAGCAAACCUGAUACGGUGUGGUGCACCUUCAGGCAGAGCAACCAUUGCUAAUUCUCUAAACGGAACCACAUUGGCAAGCAGGUACGAGUUUCAGGGGGCAACCUGUAACCUGCCAGAGCAGUUCGGAUUCUCGGUCCAAAUCCAAAGCAUAUGGAUGGUCCGGACCUUUGAGCGAAAACCUUAAAACUAAGGGAAUCUGCCUUUAAAAAAAAAAAAAUCUGGGGCCCCCUUUUGCUCUGGAUGAGGGGUUGGAUGGAGGGCGAGCCGUGAGGGCGUCUGCUGUGUUCCGGUGUUCUGGGAAAAGGACAGUGCACACAGCUGUGCUCAGGGGCUAAAUGCAAAACAAACAUGCCUCACACAUGCUUCCCCCUCAGCUGUCAGGGCUCUGCUUUCAAAGACCCCCCCCCAAUCCACACACACACAAUGCACUGUGCCUUCUCCUCCGCUCACCGUCCACUCGUUGCAGGGCUCCGGCUCAGUGGCAACGCACAGCCAAACCAGGAAGGCUUUUUAAUUAAUGUUGAGCCCUGCGGAGGCUGCAGGAUUGUGUGUCAGGACGGACAGGACCGCGUGUGAGGACAACUCACUGACCAGUGUCCAGUAGCUCAGGUUGUCCACUAGUUUCCUUCUAUGGCUGUCCUCUAUUUAUGCUAUGUCUUGUUGAUUGGUAGCGACAAUUCUCCAGCAAACGUUUCACCAAAAAGCCGUCGCUCCUGUCGCCGCGCCACCAAAAUGAUCUCACUUUAAUACUACUGACGUCAGGCAAGCGGCAGAGCAGGUGUGCUUUUAUAUAUAAGGUCUCGUGUUUGUUUGUGGUGCAUGCAAAACGGAAUGAAAUGUUUUACUUUGUUUCCGUUUUUUUUUUUAAGUAGGUCUGUUACCUUUGAU